UGGAGCAGGCCCGAGCUACCAGCUUGCCAGAUCAGUGAGAGCAGCCCAAGCCUGGUCACAUGUCGGUGUUGACAGUGCGAGAGAGUGAGCAGCUCCAUUUGUAUUCAAAUUAGCGGCCGCUCCAGGUUUAUAGUUCAUUGAGUUAGGGGACCACUUUUAGUUGUGUAUCAGACAUCGGUGAGGGGAGCAGGGGUAGUGAAAGUUGACAGAGUUUGUCUGAGUUUGUCUGAGUUAGUAAUUAUUGGAUACAGCGGUGAAUAGGUUGCAACGAGACAACAGGAUUACAUUGUGAAGGCUGCAAAGGAUACGCUGGGUUUGAGAGCGACUGGAUUAUUGGUGGGAACGUUUCCUCUGUGAUACGAGUUAUAGGAAUAGUUUUUAGAUACGGAAUAGUUGUUUUGAUGACUGGCUAUGAUUACGACCUGAGCACCAUCUCCACCAGCUGUGACUAGACACUAGCGCCACCAUGCUGCAGACCUUGUUCUACAUCGGCGUGUUGACACCCGCAGCGAUUGUCGUCUUCCUCUUCGUCAUCUUCCUCAUCUGUUGGUUCAAAUGUAACCUGCGGGAAAGAAUCUACCAGAAGAUUGGGCGUGGUCACAACUCGACCCAGUCGUCCUUGGCCGACACCAAGGACUACAUGAAUGGAAAAAUGCAGCCACAGGUAGCAGUCAGACAGGAACAUUUAGAAAAUGAGGACAACGAAUCACGUUGUGGAUCUGUUCGGAUUAUAAAUGGACAAGUCGUGAAAUAUAACCGUGGGGAGUUUCCAUAUAUGAAACGUGAAUCAUGGAGAUACAUGUCAUCAAAGUCAGUAUCAAAGAUCAGGCAGGAGAUUCUACAGGACAAGGUGUUUCCUCCCCUGCCACCAAUCUGGACGACGGCAGCAGAUAGCAGUUCGUCUUUAGACAGUGAAACUGCUAUGACGAAACCUUGGCUGCCGCAAGAGGGCAAGGGUCAAGGUCAUGAGCAGCCCCCGCGGGAAUCACAAAUGUGGAAUAACGAGAGACACUGCAGUUGGAGUCAUAGUCCCCAGCGCCCUUCUGUCGAUAACUCUCCUGUGAAUAUUAAACAACAAGGACAGAAUGCAGAUCUGCCGGAAAGUUCAUCUGACACUUCUGAUUCUCUUGGGACUAGUCCAGCAAUACAUCGUGAGAAUACUGCGGUGCGACCGCUAUAUUUCUCACAAACACCAAUACUGACACAAUCCUCGAUACACGGGAGUCCGAAACGUAAUCAUAACUAUAAUCAGAAAACUCUGAAUGAAAAAAUACCUGACAAGUCUUACGACUUAUUUCUAAAAACUGAGCCUUCGACGGAUAGCCGAUUGACAAUGACAGCAAAUUCAAACGGGUGUCAAAAACAAUUAUUGCUGGAUUCGCAGGAUCUAGGGACGAGUACCGAUGUGGAUAACAUCUACUUAUCUGUGAUGCCCAAUGUAAGACCACCAAUUGUUAGUGUGUAACAGUGCAUUGCACUCCAAUGACGUUUUAACCCUUGCAUACAUACAUGAGCAUUUUGAGACGUAGGCUUUUACAGAACAUCUUCUUAACGUGGAAAGAAAUCACCUUUCAAUACCUGAAGUUCAUUUUUGACUCGACACGCAAUAAAACUCUCUCUGAAAUCAAAAGGAGAAUGACAAACCUUGAUUCUUAACUAUUUUUCACCAAACUUUUUGACCUCAAAUGUGUGUCGAAAGGGGAAGCUUGAACCCCAAGCAAGUUCUCAAAAUGUAUUAAUUCAAUCCCAGAGUCUUUGCAAGUGUAACAAGGGUAAUUCAUUAUUUAAAGCUGGCAGAGUUUCAAAGUAAAUUAAAUUAAAUAUUCUAAAUUAGUCUGUACAGAAGUUCUCCUCAUAUCAGAGAAGAGGAGCUCUGGACAUGAGAAUUCAAACUCUUAUUAUAGGACGCUUUUCAUAUUUAAGGUAGAUUGUGACUAAGUCAGAGCAAUGAGUGACUAAGGAAGAUAACCAGUGCUGAUGCAUUUGCAAGAAACAAACACAGAAAUGGUGCUAAAAUGUAUAUUUUUGUUGAUAACUAUUGUACAUAGAGAUGUUGAGGUUGAGUAAACUGCACGCUUGCUGCACAUCAAAUAUAGAAAUGGCUUACUGUUAGUUGCCAAUGUUCAAGACUUCUCCAGUGUGCUCCUGAGUUAUACUUUCAGGGAGAGAAAUCAAGAGAA